GAGAGAGAGACGCGGAGGACGCGCGCGGCACAGGGUAAACAGUCGCGUGUCCUCAAGCGCUGAGGGAGGGACAGAGCGGAGCUAACUGCCAGAGAGAGAGAGAGAGAGAGAGAGAGAGAGAGAGAGAGAGAGAGAGAGAGAGCAAGCGAAUGAGGAAGAAGCCUUGCGACGUCGCCUCACACUGUAAUAGUGGAUUGUACUUCAGCUGGAGCGGCUUGGCAGGUUUAAACACAUCAAAACAGAACAAAGAGACGAGAGACGCUACAGCGCUAUAAAAGAAUCUGCAAAAGAAAAGAGAAAAAGGGGAUCGGAGAAAGAGAAAUCUCAGCGGCCAAAUGACAAAAGAAGCGAAGAAAAAACACGGUUAAUAUCUUUCCAUUCGGUGACGGUGCAUCCGUUUGGACGGUUUUAUGGACAAAAUAUCACCGUGUUCCAUCAGCAGAAGUUUACUUACGGGGCAAAGUUUUUGUUUGUUUGUUUGUUUUUGUUUUGUUUUGUUUUUUUAAAGAUUUUUUUCAUUGAGAAUUUUUGUGUGUGUAUGUUUUUUUUUUGUUUUGUGUUUUUUUUUUUUUUUAAAGAAAUUCCAAAAACAACAUAAGCGACAACAUAAGGAAGACUGUUUACGACUUCAGAGGGCUUUUGGACACUGGCGUAGAAAAUAGGAAUUAUCAUUUCUAUUCAUUAUGUCUGAAUUGUACGAAUAUUCAAAUUGCACAGUAUAGCUUACGGAUUUUUUUGGUACAUCCUAUACCUGUGCACUGUAUCCUUUUUCCUGGCAUUUGUUGCUUCGCACUUCGAUGGUGUUCUCCCCAGAACCCAACUCAGACUUUUAAAGUUUGAAUAAUUCAUGAGAUACAGUUUGCUUGCAACGAGAAAAGAGCGCGAGAGAAAGUUUCUGCAAGAAAAAAGAAAAGGGAGGGGGGCUUAAACAACUGCUGUUCAUAAAAUUGGCGGAAUGGCCACGGCGGCUUCUAAUCCGUAUCUGCCCAGCAGUAGUAUAUUAUCGUCGGGUUCGAUAGUGCACUCGGACUCAGGAGGUGCGGGCAUGCAGCCGGGCGGCGGCGCGGCGACCUCGGUGUCCUCCGGCGGCUUCCGAGGCGAGUCGGCGGUGAAAAUGGUGCAGAGUGACUUCAUGCAGGGGGCCAUGGCGGCAGCGAGCAACGGCGGCCACAUGCUGAGCCACGCACACCAGUGGGUGACGUCGCUGCCUCAUGCGGCCGCCGCAGCCGCCGCAGCCGCGGUAGCAGCCGCCGAGGCCGCCUCGCCUUGGUCAACGAGUCCGGUGGGCAUGGCGGCCAGUCCGCAGCAGCAACAGUCUCAGCAGCAACAGCAGCAGGAUGUGAAGAGCAGCACGGCGCGCGAGGAUUUGCACACUUCCAGCACGCUGCAUCACCGGCAUUUAGGUCCGCACCAGGCGCACGCGGCUCCCUGGGGCGGCGCCGCAGCUGCUGCACACAUCUCCGCCAUUACCGCGAGCCAGCAGCAGCAACAACAACAACAGCAGCAGCAGUCGCUCAUCUACUCACAACCCGGUGGCUUCACGGUAAACGGCAUGCUGAGUGGCGGCCAAAGUCUCGUGCACCCUGGGCUGGUGCGAGGCGGCACACCUGAACUGGAGCACGGCGCGCACCCGCAUUCUCACCCUCACCAUCAUCACCAUCAGCAUCACCAUCACCACCACCACCAGCAGCAUCAGCAUCAGCACCACCAGCAGCAGGGUCACCACGGCCCCAACAGCCACGAGGCUCACUCGGAUGAAGACACGCCGACCUCGGACGACCUGGAGCACUUCGCCAAGCAGUUCAAGCAGCGGCGCAUCAAACUUGGCUUCACGCAGGCCGACGUGGGCCUCGCGCUCGGUACGCUUUACGGCAACGUGUUCUCUCAGACCACGAUCUGCCGCUUCGAGGCGCUGCAGCUCAGUUUCAAGAACAUGUGCAAGCUCAAGCCGCUGCUGAAUAAGUGGCUGGAGGAGGCCGACUCGAGCACGGGCAGUCCGACGAGCAUCGAUAAGAUCGCGGCACAGGGCCGCAAACGCAAGAAGCGUACAAGCAUCGAGGUGAGCGUCAAGGGCGCGCUCGAGAGCCACUUCCUCAAGUGCCCUAAACCGUCAGCGCAGGAGAUCAGCACCCUGGCCGACACGCUGCAGCUGGAGAAGGAGGUGGUGCGCGUCUGGUUCUGCAACCGCAGGCAGAAGGAGAAGCGCAUGACGCCGCCCGGAGUGCCCCCGACGCCGGACGAUGUGUACUCGCAGGUCGGCAACGGACAUUUUUUAGUAGAUUACUUAAAAGAUGCAAGUUUAAACGGGCCGAGCGAGGCGGGCGACCAGAAGGUGACAACAACCACACGUUCGUUCCAUCAGGGGGAUGAAAUUCGACAUCGAAGAAGAGAACAGCAUCCGCGACGCUUCCGACUUAUUUUUGCAGACAAGACUGCACGUUAUAAUAUAUUUUCGUUUCUUUCUUUUUUUUCUUCACGAAAGACACGGAAUGGGAUUUUUUCGCCUUGCCUUCCAGACCUUAUAAACACAACAGACAAAAAAAAAAAAAAAAAAAAAAAAAACCAAAAAAAAAAAAAAGAACCUUAAAGACUGCUCACAUUUUCAGAUCUCUAAGAUCAUAUUUUGUGAACGUUUUUAUGUAAAGGACUUAACGUCACACGGAUGUUCUUUUUGUUGUUGUUUUGUUUUGUUUUUUGGUUGUUGGGUUUUUUUUUGUUUUUUUUUUGAAGACAAUACAAAAAAAAUCAAAGACAGACGUUUGAAAAGACUUUACGGUUCCUCAGCUGCACUUAUUUGAAAUCCUCUGCGGGAGCUGUGGAUGUUCUCCAUGCUGCCAUUUCCAAGCAGUAUUCUUUGGUAGGUUUUAAUAAACGAGACUAUGUAAAGCCGGCAAUAUAUAGAUUCCUUAGAUCAGAUGUUGAUCGGAAUUAUUUACUUUAUAUUUUCAUUCAAAUGCUUUGUUUUAAUAUUUUAUUCGGGAUACAUAUGAACUAUUCUAAACAGUAAUUUAUUUCCCCCCGUUUCAGAACUGUGUAAAACUGUUCUCUUCCCUGAUUUUUAUUUUUAUUUUUUUUUCUUCGACUUUGUUUAUUUGUUUCGUUGAAUUUUUUUGUAUGUUUUUUUGUUCUGUUUUGUUUUUUUGAACGAGCACAAAUCAAGAGCAGACUUUUGGCAGUCGAUAACAAAGGGUAUUUUGAUGUGAUGAUUUGAUUGUAAUUUAAUUUUUAGUAGUGAUUCCGUAAGAGAUGAUUGAGAACAAUAAAUUUGUUAGAAUGAAGAAAAAACAAAUGAUUGUGUGUUUUGCCUAAGCUCUCAGAUCUUAAUACACAGAUGAUAGUUCAUGUGGAAUUUAUAUAGGAUAUCUUACAAACUGGAGACAUGAAAAAUAUGAGCUAACCUAAUGA